AGACCCUGUCUCUCAAAACUAACAACAAAAAAAUCAAACUUCAGUUCCUCAGCGACACUGGCCACAUUUCAAACAUUUCAAGUGCUCAAUAGCCCUAUGUAAUCAGUGGCUACUGUAUUAGACAACAGAGACAGAGAACACAUCCAUGAUCACAGAAAGUUCUCAGAUGGCACUGGUCUGGAAGAAAGAAUGGCUUUUAUUUGUGUAAAGACUCUAUCUUGGCCGGGAGCGGUGGCUUAUGCCUGUAAUUCCAGCACUUCAGGAGGCCGAGGAGGGUGGAUCACCUGAGGUCAGGAGUUUGAGACCAGCCUGACCAACAUGGUGAAACCCCCGUCUCUACUAAAAAUGCAAAAAAAUUAGCUGGUAUGGUGGCACACAUCUGUAAUCCCAGCUACCUGGGCAGGUAAGCCCAGCUGUAGAAAGACAGAAGCCAGGGAAAGGGGACCGUGCCUUUCUGCUCUGGUCUAAAGGAGUUGGUGGAAGACAGCCAGAUGUGCAAGAAGAUCUGGGGACAAGUGUGCAGAAAUUAGAGAGAAAAAUGUAUCCACAUUGGAAAGUUUCUUUGUACACUUCUAUGGACUGAGCUCCAGCCACACGCCAGGUUCUGCCUUUUCACAUGCAAUCCCAUUCAAACACCUCAACAAGUCUACCAGACAGCAUGAGUGCCCAUCCCUCCCUACAGAGGUGUGGCAAUGCAGAUGGAGACAGGCCGAGCUUCUUAGCUGUCAUCACACUGCAGGGCGGCGGCCAAGGUGGGAGUGGAAGGCUUCCUGACUCAAGUCCAUUGCUUCCCUACCUUGCUUCUAAGGACCCAGAGCACAAGAACGUCCCUUCUCCUGCUUCUAGUCCCACCGUCUAGAAAAAAGAGAGGAGGAGCCCAGCUCUUCAUCAUUCCACCCCCACCCACUAACUCCCAACUUCCUGGCCCUCAGCGGGUGACCAAGGAAGUCGGUCCACUUGGCUUUCCAUAAACAGCCUGUGCCCCACCAGGCUCAGGGGGGCAGCUUGACCAAUCCCUAUUUCCAAGACCUUUGGCCAACCCUAUUGAUCUGGACUCCUGGGCAGGCAGUUGGACCAACGGACAGACGCCAUGAGGGCUCUGCUGCUCCUGGGGUUCCUGCUGGUGAGCCUGGAGUCAACACUUUCGAUUCCACCUUGGAAAGCGCCCAAGGAGCAUAAGUACAAAGCUGAAGAGCACACAGUCGUUCUCACUGUCACCGGGGAGCCCUGCCACUUCCCCUUCCAGUACCACCGGCGGCUGUACCACAAAUGUACCCACAAGGGCCGGCCAGGCCCUCAGACCUGGUGUGCUACCACCCCUAACUUUGAUGAGGACCAGCGAUGGGGAUACUGUGUGGAGCCCAAGAAAGUGAAAGACCACUGCAGUAAACACAGCCCCUGCCAGAAAGGGGGGACCUGUGUGAACACGCUGAGUGGCACCCACUGUCUCUGUCCACAACACCUCACUGGGAACCACUGCCAGAGAGAGAAGUGCUUUGAGCCUCAGCUUCUCCGGUUUUUCCACGAGAAUGAGAUAUGGUAUAGAUCUGAGCAAGCAGCUGUGGCCAGAUGCCAGUGCAAGGGUCCUGAUGCCCACUGCCAGCGGCUGGCCAGCCAGGCCUGCCGCACCAACCCGUGCCUCCAUGGGGGUCGCUGCCUAGAGGUGGAGGGCCACCGCCUGUGCCACUGCCCCGUGGGCUACACCGGACCCUUCUGCGACUUGGACACCAAGGCGAGCUGCUAUGAUGGCCGCGGGCUCAGCUACCGCGGCCUGGCCAGGACCACGCUCUCGGGUGCGCCCUGUCAGCCGUGGACCUCGGAGGCCACCUACCGGAACGUGACUGCCGAGCAAGCGCGGAACUGGGGACUGGGCGGCCACGCCUUCUGCCGGAACCCGGACAACGACAUCCGCCCGUGGUGCUUCGUGCUGAUCGGCGACAGGCUAAGCUGGGAGUACUGCGACGUGGCACAGUGCCAGGCCCCAACCCAGGCGGCGCCUCCGACCCCGGUGUCCCCUGGGCUUCAUGUCCCACUCAUGCCCCCGCAGCCGGCACCGCCGAAGCUUCAGCCCACGACCCAGACCCUGCCUCAGUCCCAGACCCCGGGAGCCUUGCCAGUGAAGCGGGAGCAGCCGCCUCGCCUGACCCGGAACGGCUCAGUGAGCUGCGGGCAGCGGCUCCGCAAGAGUCUGUCUUCGAUGACCCGCGUCGUUGGCGGGCUGGUGGCGCUACGCGGGGCGCACCCCUACAUCGCCGCGCUGUACUGGGGCCACAGUUUCUGCGCCGGCAGCCUCAUCGCCCCCUGCUGGGUGCUGACGGCCGCUCACUGCCUGCAGGACCGGCCAGCACCCGAGGAUCUGACGGUAGUACUCGGCCAGGAACGCCAUAACCACAGCUGCGAACAGUGCCAGACGCUGGCCGUGCGCUCCUACCGCUUGCAUGAGGCCUUCUCGCCCGUCAGCUACCAGCACGACCUGGCUCUGUUGCGCCUUCAGGAGGAUGCGGACGGCAGCUGCGCGCUCCUGUCGCCUUACGUUCAGCCGGUGUGCCUGCCAAGCGGCGCCGCGCGACCCUCCGAGCCCGCGCUCUGCCAGGUGGCUGGCUGGGGCCACCAGUUCGAGGGGGCGGAGGAAUAUUCCAGCUUCCUGCAGGAGGCGCAGGUACCCUUCCUCUCCCUGGAGCGCUGCUCAGCACCGGACGUGCACGGAGCCUCCAUACUCCCCGGCAUGCUCUGCGCAGGGUUCCUCGAGGGCGGCACCGAUGCCUGCCAGGGUGAUUCCGGAGGCCCGCUGGUGUGUGAGGACCAAGCCGCAGAGCGCCGGCUCACCCUGCAAGGCGUCAUCAGCUGGGGAUCGGGCUGUGGUGACCGCAACAAGCCAGGCGUCUACACCGAUGUGGCCUACUACCUGGCCUGGAUCCGGGAGCACACCGCUUCUUGAUUGCUCAGGGACUCAUCUUUCCCUCCUCGGUGAUUCCGCAGUGGGAGAGUGGCUGGGGCGUGGAAGGCAAAAUUGUGUCCCAUUCCCCCAAUGCGGCCAGCUCCGCGCCAGGAUGGCGCAGGAACUCAAUAAAGUGCUUUGAAAAUGCUGAGAA